AUGAGAAAUCACACAAUGGUGACUGAGUUCAUUCUGCUGGGAAUCCCUGAGACACAAGGUCUAGAGAUGGCUCUUUUCCCCCUGUUCUCAUCAUUGUAUUUCUGUACCCUCUUGGCAAAUGUGCUCAUCCUUACAGUUAUCCUUUCUUCCUCUCAGCUUCACACUCCAAUGUAUUUUUUCCUGGGAAACCUCUCUGUGUUUGACAUGGGUUUUUCCUCAACCACUGCUCCUAAAAUGCUGCUAUACCUCUCAGGGCAGAGCCAGCUUAUCUCUUUUCAGGGCUGUGUGUCCCAACUCUUCUUCUAUCACUUCUUGGGGUGCACCGAGUGUUUCCUAUACACCGUGAUGGCCUAUGAUCGCUUCGUAGCAAUAUGUUACCCUUUAAGAUACAUGGUCAUCAUGAACCAUGGAGUCUGCUCUGUCUUGGCCACAGGGUCCUGGGUGUGUGGUUGUGUCCAUGCCAUCAUCCUAACCUCUCUCACCUUCCAGUUACCCUACUGUGGCUCUAAUGAGGUGAGCUAUUACUUCUGUGAUAUCCCUGCCAUUUUACCACUAGCCUGUGAAGACGUAUCUUUAGCCCAGAAGGUAGGUUUUACAAAUGUUGGUCUUUUGUCGCUCAUUUGCUUUUUCCUCAUCCUUGUCUCCUACACUCGCAUUGGGAUUUCUAUAUCGAAAAUCCGCUCAUCAAAGGGCAGGCGGCGGGCACUCUCUACCUGCAGUGCCCACAUUACUGCCAUCUUUUGUGCCUAUGGGCCAGUCAUCGUUAUCUAUCUUCAGCCCAAUCCAAGCCCCUUGCUUGGUGCUAUCAUUCAGCUACUGAAUAAUCUUGUAACUCCCAUGUUGAAUCCACUGAUUUAUAGCCUGAGGAACAAAGACGUACAAUCAGCACUGAGGAAUUUAUUUUCAAAGGGAAGCUUUGCCCUGGAGGAUGAAUGA